AUGCCGUCCCUACACCUCAUCCCUCGGGCCGACGACGACGACAUCGUUUGCAACUACUGGGGCUGCGUCAGCUACACCAGCUAUGUGAUCAAAUGGGCUGUCUUCGGCGGCCUCAUGGCGGCUUGCCUGCUAUUCUUCUUCGGAGGCUACAUCCACGCCAAGCAGCGCAUGAAGAAGGGUCUCGCGCCACUCUCCUACCACCGCUGGAUGAUCCCUCGCCGCCAACGCAUUGCCUUCCAUGCCGCGCAUCCCAACCUGCCUAAUCCCUACAUCCAGCGCCAGUGGUACACGCCCGGCUACGGCAUGCACCCCGUCAACCACUAUGGCCCGCCACCUCCGCAGUACGGUACCCCUGAAUGGCUGCCAGCCUACGCCCCCCCUGCCGACGGCAGCAACGUCAACGCGCACAAGACCAACCCGAACCAAGCAUAUGCUCAGGAAGUAGGCACCACCAGCAUGGGCCCAAGCAUGCCUUCAAAUGCUGCAGGACAGGGCCGCUAA